GCGCACAGGGCCGAGCCAGCCCUUUUCCGGUGGAAAGUGGGGUUUCAGUGGGUGAGGAGGUUAGGCCGGAAGUGGUGUUGCGUAGAGAAUGGGGGGCGGGUAGAACCGCCGCUUCACCGGCGAGGCACCAGGUUCGUGGCGCUGGGCUAGAGGUCAAGGAUGCAUUCCAAGAAAGUUCUAAAAAUACAUUACCAGCUCCAACCUGAUAGUUGACCUAGCCGUGGAAAACUUCAUUGGAUCCUCACUAGAUCACACCAUAACUGGCACUUUUAAAAACUCUUCCCAUCAAAAGCUAUCAGGAAUGAAAAUCUGAGAUAUAUACCUACUACUUCAAGAAAGUUCCUGCACGAGACAACAGUCUAGCAGAUCAGCUAGUUUCUUUGAUCAUCAAGCAGACAUACUCAAGCUACCAACACAACAGAGGAAAAUGUUUCUAUAUCAAUGUUUUUCACAUUAGAUGUGACACAGUUGUAGGUCAUGAAAUCAAUUCUGUGAGUCACAAUGAACAUUUUUUUAAAAGUGAAAUAAAAUAUAAAAUAUCAGAGUACUUUGCGUGAAUCCUUUGCCAGAAUUUUGCACAUUCUAGGAAUACUAAAGUCAGUUUGAAUAUAUGAAAAGAUAUUUCAUGGAGGGAACAUGAUGAAUAGGAUGUAUAUUGGCCAAGAAGUGGCUUUUCAAUCAUUUGUCCACUGGUAUCUUCUGUGGUUUUCAUAACAACAAGGUUGAUGAGCAGUCUAGUUUAUAUUACCAUGACUUGCAACUAGACGUGAAGUCUGAGACGUUCAACUGAGAUUCAGUUGCAAACUGCAUUUUUUGGAAAGAUGUUAUCUAGACUAUAAAUAUAUAAAUGAGUUAGUUGCAAUUAUAACAUUUUAAUCAAAAUUGCUUUUAAAAUGGAUCAUUUCUUUUUUAAAAGAAAGAGGAUUAAUGAAGUGAAAUAUGCAGAAACAUGUUCAAGUUCAACUAUUGGAUCUGGAAGAGUGAAUAGUGACGAUAUUCAGAAAAAUAUUGACGCUAAUCUGCAUAAUUCAACUUUGUUUGAGCCACAUUUCAAAAAGAAAAAAGUAAGUGCAAGACGUUAUAAUGAAGAUUAUUUAAAAUAUGGUUUUAUCAAAUGUGAAAAACCCUUUGAAAAUGACAGACCUCAGUGUAUUAUUUGUAAUAAUAUUCUUGCAAAUGAAAGCUUAAAACCUUCAAAAUUAAAAAGGCAUUUAGAAACUCAGCAUGCUGAGCUUAUUGAUAAGCCUCUUGAAUAUUUUCAAAGAAAGGAAGAUGUAAAGUUAUCAACACAAUUUCUUAGUUGUUCUACUACUGUUAGUGAGAAAGCCUUAUUAUCAUCAUAUUUAGUUGCGUAUCGUGUGGCGAAAGAGAAAAUGGCUCACUCAGCUGCUGAAAAAAUUAUUCUUCCAGCAUGUUUGGAUAUGGUGCGUACAAUUUUUGAUGAUAAAUCAGCUGAUAAAUUAAAAACUAUAGCUAGUGAUAACACAAUAUCUCUUAGAAUUUGUACUAUUGCAGAACAUUUAGAAACAAUGCUUAUUAAUCGCUUACAGUCUGGUAUAGAUUUUGCAAUCCAGCUUGAUGAAAGUACUGAUAUUGGAAGCUGCUUAACACUUUUAGUUUAUGUCAGAUAUGCCUGGCAAAAUGAGUUUAUGGAGGAUUUUUUGUGUUGUUUAAAUUUGACCUCACGCCUAAGUGGGUUAGAUAUCUUUACAGAAUUAGAAAAGUGCAUUGUUGGUCAAUAUAAAUUAAACUGGAAAAACUGCAAAGGAAUUACAAGUGAUGGAACAGCAAAAACUGGAAAACAUAGCAGAGUAAUUAAAAAAUUGCUAGAAGUUACUAAUAAUGGUGCUGUGUGAAAUCAUUGUUUUAUACAUCGUGAAGCGUUAGCAUCCAGAGAAAUUCCACAGAAUCUCAUGGAAGUAUUGAAAACUGCAGUAAAAGUUGUUAAUUUUAUUAAAGGAAGCUCACUAAAUAGCCGACUUCUUGAAACAUUUUGUUCAGAGAUUGGAACUAACCAUACUCACUUACUGUAUCAUACCAAAGUUCGUUGGUUGUCUCAAGGGAAAAUACUAAGCAGGGUUUACGAACUCAGGAAUGAAAUUCACAUUUUUCUCAUUGAAAAAAAAUCUCAUUUGGCAAGUAUUUUUGAAAAUGACAUCUGGGUAACAAAAUUGGCAUAUUUAACUGAUAUUUUUGGCAUUCUGAAUGAACUGAGUUUAAAACUGCGGGGGAAAAACAGUGAUAUAUUCCAACAUGUCGAACGUAUCCAAGGAUUCCAAAAGUCAUUGUUGUUAUGGCAAGCAAGACUUAAGAGCAAUCAUCCUAGCUACUACAUGUUUCCAAGAUUUUUGCAACAUAUUGAAGAGAAUACUAUUAAUGAAAACAUUUUGAAAGAAAUAAAAUUAGAGAUAUUGUUGCAUCUCACUUCUCUAUCUAAAACUUUUAACCAUUUCUUUCCAGAAGAGCAAUUUGAAACAUUAAGGGAAAACAGUUGGGUAAAAGAUCCAUUUGCUUUUCGAAACCCAGAAUCAAUAAUUGAGUUAAACUUGGUGCCUGAAGAAGAGAAUGAGUUAUUGCAGCUUAGUUCUUCAUAUACAUUGAAGAAUGAUUAUGAAACAUUAAGUUUAUCAGCAUUUUGGAUUAAAAUAAAGGAAGACUUUCCUUUGCUAAGUAGAAAGAGUGUCCUGCUAUUAUUACCAUUCACAACAACUAGUUUGUGCGAACUAGGGUUUUCAGUUUUAACUCAGUUAAAAACAAAGGAAAGAAAUGGAUUGAAUAGUGCAGCAGAUAUGCGAGUAGCAUUAUCCUCCUGUGUUCCAGACUGGAAUGAACUUAUAAACAGGCAAGCACACCCAUCACAUUAAAUAAAUCUUACCUGGUUUUUGUUUUUGUGUUUCUUUUGUGAUGUUUUUGUAUGUUGUGUGUAAAUGUAAAUAUGACAUUGUAAUGUGAUAAUUUUGCUAUGUUUUUGUUAUCUUUAAAUAUUAAUAAAAUCAUAAUGUAGUUUUA